GGAUUAUCAGGGCUGCGUCUGCAGCGUCUGGGAACACCUCAUCCUCACCCCUCAGCUAUGGACCGAGAAGGAGUUUGGUGACAAGGUGACUUCUUCAGAAGUGUUCUUCUCUUCAGCGUUCGCUCAACAUCGCAACACUGCGGCUUGGAAACUGUAAAUCUGACAUUUCAGCUCGCAUAUAUUGAUGAUUUUGUCUUUUGGAUUUGAAGACAAGGGCGAGCCAUCAUGAAAUGGGAGAAGUUAAAGCCUCCGGAGCCCGAUGACCCGAUGUGCUGCUGCGAAUGCGAUAUCUACCAGUACGGAUGUUGUUGUGAAGACUUGGACGAAGCCUUUAACAGGUGGCUGAAAGACAAACCCUCUAAAGGCGGCUGCCAGUGUCCUGUGCUGGGGGCCGUGAUCGAGCACCUGGAGAUCUCCAUGAUCCCCGCCCUCCUGCUGCUGCCCGUGCUGCUGAGGCUGGCGGCGCUGCACUACCUGCUGGGCAUCAUCGUCCUGACGGCGCUGCCCGGCCUGGUGCUGUGGUACUACUACGCCACGCACCGGCGGAAGAGACGCACCCUCUUCUUCCUCACCCUGGCCCUCUACUCCCUGGCCUACAUGUACUACCUCUUCAUCACGGAGAUUUUGCCCCGCGGGGACGUCAGCCAGCUGCAGGUGUUCGCCGCGACCGCCGGGAUGAUCUUCACCAUAGUUUCUCUGAUUUACACCAAGAGAGGUCCGGGGUUUGUGACCGCCUCCCUUCAGAAAGCACACGCCGUCGAUCAGACGUCUAAAAAGGACUCCGCGCUCAGGGAUGGAUCCACCCAGCCGGCAGAGCUGCAGGCAGCAAAACACACUCUGGCGGCGAAGUGGAGCCGGUGUGCGGUGUGCAGAAUCCUGCGGCCGCCGCGGGCCGGACACUGUCGGACCUGUGGCUCAUGCGUGCGGCGUCUGGACCACCACUGCAUCUGGAUAAACAGCUGCGUUGGACAGGCCAACCACCGCAGCUUCCUGCUGACCCUCUGCGUGUUCGUGUCGACCUCUCUGUACGGGAUCAGCCUGGUGCUCUGCAGCCUCUGUCCGCGGCAGUAUCUCAUGACGGCGCUCUUCUACUGCCCCGGGGUUUACAGCCAGUCCAGCACGGCGCUCUGCUUCACCUGCGCCUGGUACAGCAGCAUCAUCACGGCCGGGCUGCUCUACCUGCUGCUGGUCCAGGUCCUCAACAUCAGCUUCAACGUGACGGAGCGGGAGGCUCAGCUGGCCCUGAGGAACAAGACGGGCCAGAGCCGCCUGUGGGGGCUCGCCGUGGACACGGGGGAGUUUUCACGUGGCUUCUUUCAGAACUGGGUUGAGUUCCUCACCAUGACAGAUGCUUCGGUUUCUCCUCGCUCCAGCAGCACCGACUUGGUCUAGUUUCACUUUGUACUCGACAUGAUAACAGACUGUCACUGCAGCAUGUCAGAAGAGGUUUAUCUUGUAUAUUAAGGAUCAUCUGAUAAUGUCUUUAUGCUUUUAUAUUGUUGUUCCUGCUUUUAAAUAAUGAGUAUAAAAUUGUAAGCUCUGGGUUUUUUGUUUUUUGUUUCAGAGCACAAUGUCUGAAUAAGCUGCACAUAUUAAUGUGUGGAGCUACAAGCCUGCAGAGGAUUCAGUAUCAUUGUGUCUUGCCACAUUGAGUCUACAGCCAAAACAUUUGGAAUCUAUAUUGAUGGUGGAAAAAAAAAAUCACUGAUCAUACUAAAUAAUAAAAACUACCCGAAGAACUCAAGGCUAAAAAAGAAGCUCUGGUUUCUACUGUACUGUAUAAAAUUCUUAAUGCAGGAAUAUUCAAUCAAAAAAUUGUGACCAAGAAUUGUUAAGAGAAAUCACCUCACUGGACACCUGUUGAAGUUAGAAAGCUAACUUUAUGCUGUAGGAGGGCUUUAUAGUGUCUGCUUCAGGGCUGUCAAACUUAUUUUUAGUUCAGGGGCCACUGAGAGUCCACUGUAAUCUCAAUCGGUACUGACCAGACAGGACCAGAACAGCAACUCUUAAUAAAUAUGUCCCUCACUAUUAGAGUAAAGAAACAGGAAAUCCUGGCAACCUUCUAAAGUCUUCUCUAAAAAACUUAAUAUGAACAACUUAAAUUUUCUCACAGAGAAAGUGUAACUUCACCCCAGCAAGACAUCAAACAGAGUAAACUGCUGGGCACAAAAGAGGAAUAAAUGAGUGGAAAAACUACAAUUAAAGCCUUUUCUGCAAUCCAACCUGUUGUUUGGAUCCAACCAUGAGUCAAUUGUCUGACAAUACCACUCAUGUUUUGAAGGGGAAAUGAAGCAGGAGUCAAUAUAUUUGCAAAUGAUAUGUAGUAGUUACAAACAAACGCCAGAAUGAGGACAGAAUGGAGUCCUCACAUCCAUCUGGCACACAAAGAUGGCUGAAAAAAUACACGAGAUGAACAUAAACUGGUCAUUUGUUCAGUUAUAUGAGUAGUUUUCCUUCUACCAAGUCAAAUUCAGGCACGUGUGAAGUAGAUUUGCUAUAAUAAAGAGGAAACUCAGUCCACUGCUCUGUUCUACGGUAAAACCUCCGUUUUCACUCAGCAUGAUGCGAAUGGAAAACCAACAGCGCACGUUCUCCUCUGUAAAGUCUGCCCUGCAGGCCCACAGCACGCUUCCCACUAUUUACCAUUAUCACUUCUCAUAACGCCCAUCUCAGAGACAGAAGAUCGAUCAGACUGUUUAAA